GGCUCUGAUUGGUCAGCGGGUAUGAAUGAGGUGGGUCUUAACGACACACCGUGUAAGCUACUGUUGAAAUUCCAGUGCUAACCAACUUUAGCCAGCUUGCUAACAUGUAAUUCAGCGAAUUUGAAGAACUACACUUACAAUGCAAUACUAGACUUAUAGGCAUAAAUAAUAUCUCAUUUCCAACAGAGUAAUACCGGAAAAAUCGUCUUAAUGUUUGCUACUGCGCGUGUCUCCGCUACUGCAACCAGGACAUGUCCAGUUAGCCCGAGCGCAGCAAUCGCUGGAUAACGAACCUGGCAAGCUAACCAGCCAGCCCGUCUCUACUGGGUCUGCGUUGAGGGAUUUGAACAGGUUUCGUCGCCCAGAGGACAGUGAAAGCCGGAUGCUGUGACUACCAUGAGUCCCGCAGGCUGCCCCCAUGUCAACGGCUUCAAAGUGGACAACUGGAAGCAGAACCUGAGGGUUAUUUAUCAGUGUUUCGUGUGGAGCGGUUCAGCCGAGACCAGAAAACGAAAGGCCAAGUCAUGUAUCUGCCACAUGUGCGGCGCCCACCUCAACAGACUCCACUCCUGCCUCUACUGCGUCUUCUUCGCCUGCUUUGCCAAAAAACACAUCCAUGAGCAUGCCAAGAGCAAAAGGCAUAACCUAGCUAUUGACCUGCUGUAUGGAGGAAUUUACUGUUUUAUGUGCCAAGACUACAUUUAUGACAAAGACAUGGAACAGAUUGCCAAAGAGGAACAGAGGAAAGCCUGGAAAAUGCAAGGUAUGAAAGCACAUAGCCGCACCACACAAUGUUGCAUACACACCAUGCCAAAGUUGCGUGAUGUCUCCCUUGAGCGUUACAGCUCUCGGUCCAAGGGUUGCAGCGAAGGAUGCAAUGCUUUGAAUGUGUGUAUGUGUUUGUUUGUUCCAGGCAUAGGGGAGAAAUACUCAACGUGGGAGCCCACUAAGAGGGAGCUGGAGCUGCUUCGCCACAACCCCAAGAGGAGGAGAAUCACCUCCAACUGUACUAUUGGCCUGCGAGGUUUGAUAAACCUGGGCAACACGUGCUUCAUGAACUGCAUCGUCCAAGCGCUGACACACACGCCGCUGUUGCGUGACUUCUUCCUGUCCGACAGACACAAAUGCGAGAUGCAGAGCAACUCCUGUUUGGUGUGUGAGAUGUCGCAACUCUUCCAGGAGUUCUACUCAGGCCACCGGUCGCCACACAUCCCCUUCCGUCUCCUUCACCUGGUGUGGACCCACGCUCGUCACCUGGCCGGCUACGAGCAGCAGGAUGCCCACGAGUUCCUCAUCGCGGCGCUAGAUGUCCUGCACAGACACUGCAAAGACGACAACGGGAAGAAAGCCAACAACCCCAACCACUGUAACUGCAUCAUCGACCAAAUCUUCACAGGGGGCCUGCAGUCUGACGUCACCUGUCAAGUCUGCCAUGGUGUCUCGACGACCAUAGAUCCAUUCUGGGACAUCAGCCUGGACCUGCCGGGCUCCUCCACCCCGUUCUGGCCCCUCAGCCCCGGAGGAGACGGAUCAGCACUUAACGGAGAGAGUCACACCACUGGAGCCACGACACUCACAGACUGCCUGCGCAGGUUCACCAGGCCGGAGCACCUCGGCAGCAGCGCUAAGAUCAAGUGCAGCGGUUGCCAUAGUUACCAGGAGUCCACCAAGCAGCUGACCAUGAAGAAGCUGCCCAUCGUGGCCUGUUUUCACCUCAAAAGGUUUGAGCAUUCGGCCAAACUGCGGCGGAAGAUCACAACUUACGUCUCCUUCCCGUUGGAGCUUGACAUGACACCCUUCAUGGCCUCCAGUAAAGAAAGCAGGAUGAAUGGGCAGUACCAGCAGACCGUGGACCCCUUCAACAAUGACAACAAGUAUAGUCUAUUUGCAGUGGUGAACCACCAGGGGACGCUAGAGAGCGGCCAUUACACCACCUUCAUCCGCCAGCACAAGGACCAGUGGUUCAAAUGUGACGACGCUAUCAUCACCAAGGCCAGCAUCAAGGAUGUCCUGGACAGUGAAGGGUACCUUUUGUUUUAUCAUAAACAGUUCCUGGAGUACGAGUAGCUCCAUUUAGCGCAGCCUGCAGGAGGAGACGAGGGAUGACGCAAGGAUUAGUUGCAUGGGAAAAGGUAACAGAGUGACAAACGAGGCAUGGAAGCAGAAACACAAGCCUACCUGAAUCACUCUAAAUCGCAACUUACUACUUACUCUAACAUGGAUCCACCCUGACUACAUACUAAUCUAGCUCCACUGUGCAACAUUCAAGAAAGAACUGAUAGUGCAAAUGUGCAAGAACCAAACAAAAUGCAAGAGAUUUGGAAGGGAGGAGGUUUGUACGGGCCCUGAAGGAAUAAUGCAUAAACAGUUUUUCACUUGAAUUCAUGGGGAUGAAGAAGAAAGCAGCUGCUGUAAGAAAGAAAUGACUGCAGAACUAGUCUGUAAUUGAUUUCAGACAACAGAGGAUUAGUGUCACAUCCUUACUUUCCUCUCCUUUUCAGACACAGACAGAAGGGCAGAAGGUUACUUUAAACCUUACUUUAGGUUUACUUGAUCACAAAUGCUGUUCCUCACCAUGUUUCAUGCUCCCACAGCUGCAGUUAGCGACACCUGAAGGUGCAAACGAGCAGAGUCGUGGCCUUCCUCAGGCAUCGGAGGCUCCGCUUUAGCGAAAACCGGCAACUUCCUGGACACAAGCACACUUGUCUGACACACCCACACUCCUCCAAAUGACCAAAUAUUUCAAGGAUGGAAGUUGUCUUAUUAUGCAUUUUUGUUCAGAAUGCAAAAAGUUAAAAAAAAAAAAUCACCGGACUAAUGGUAUUAUGUACAUUGUAUAGAGAGACAGUUAAUUAAUUACUCAUGUAGUCGUCAGUCAGAUACUUUUAGGAUACACUGUCUUUAACGAGGAGUUAAAGUUUUCUGCCUCUCUUGCUGCUUCCAAUAGUCACGGGGGAAAUAAAUUACACAGUGAAUAUUAUAUUUUUAUACAUACUGUAAUUAAAUCGUUUGUUUAAGGUUUUUGCAUUCUCCCUAAACUCUCACAUUGUUUGUCUGUGUUACAUUGUGCCGUCAAUCAUGUUUUUUUUUUUUGUACACACAAAAGCAAAAAUAGUGCUGAUAACGUUUAUGAACCUGCUGCUACGGCAGCUUCAUUUACUUUCUUUUAUUCUUUCUGUUUAAUUUGACCGCAAUUUGUUAAUUUUUUUGCCGUUACAGAGGCCUAUCCUCCAUGUUCAAGAUACGUUGUCGUGAUGCUGUUUCAGGUAAAUGGCAAAAAAAAAAAAAGAAAAGAAACAAAGGAGUAUGUAUAAUGGGUCAGAAGCUCGAUCCUGCAGUGUUAACCGUCGGCCGCAUGUUGCUCUAAUUCGGUGUGUUUGUGUGUGUGUGUGUGUGUGCACGUGUAUGUGCCCAAGAAAGGGGAUGAAAAAAAAGCUCAGCGUAGGUGAGUUUGUAUAAACUGUGUUAUUUGCGCGUUAAGAGAAAAAAAAAAGUGUGUGUGUGUGUGUUCCCGUUUGUAUGCACGUGUGUUGUGCGCGUGCGUAUGUACCGUAUGUUCGUGUACUGAAUCAGUACUUGCAUUCAGCAUGCCGUUUGAGCUGGGUAUCGCAGUUUGAUAGGAGUUUUUUUCCACAUGUUGAUGAUGUAUGUAAAAGUAUAUAUGUACAGUUUGUAUGUAAGAGACAAAAAUGGUGAAACCUCAAAGUCAAUUUGUUCUUCUAUAUCGCUGGAUCCGGCCACGGGGUCGUAAUCAGAAGAAACUUUUGUCUUGACCCGGUCAGUCAUUCCUCGCACACACAUGUAACUGCUGCAAGAACUGGACACAGUGAUGGAACGACACUCAAAUAAAGAAAAUCUAUAUCUGUAAA